AUGACGAACAAUCCCAACCAACCCAACAACCCCAACCUAAUGGCGUUGACUCACAAUCCAUUGGAAGCAGAGGAUUGGUUGGUUAGAAUAGAAAGAAUUUUUUAUCUCAUUAACUGCCCUGACUCUAGGAAAGUUAUUUGUGCAACAUUUAUGCUUAAGAAAGGUGUCAUGCGUUGGUGGGACUCAACCUCAAGGUCGAGGGCUCGCGGACACAUCUGGAUGUGGAAUGAAUUUAAGGAACAAUUCCUAAGAAAGUAUUACCCCACAAGUAUCUACAAUCAGAAAAAUAGAGAAUUUCUCAAUUUAGUUCAAAGGUCAAUGUCUUUAACUGAGUAUGAGCGAAAAUUUGAAGAGUUAUCCCAUUAUGACCCUAACCAAGUAGACACUGAGGAAAAAAAGGCAAGAUGUUUUAAAGAAGGGUUGAGAGAUGAUUUAAGGCAAGCAUUGGGAGUAAUUCAACUAAGAACCUACCAUGAAGUGUUAGCAAGAGCACAAUUAGCAUAUUUCAAGCAUCGCACUAGUGGGGAGAACAAGCAAAAUGUACAGCCAGAAAAGCGGAAAUGGGAGAACUUUAAGGGAGAAGGAAAAUGA